AUGUCUCCUGCUCUCUUUGCACCCAUCAAAGUCGGUAAUUCUCUCUUGAACCACCGUGUCGUUCACAGUCCUCUUAGCCGCUUUCGUGCUGAUGCCGACCACGUCCCACUCCCUUUGAUGGCCGAGUAUUACCAGCAACGUGUUACUGAAGGUGGUUUGAUAAUUGCCGAAAGUACAUAUAUUACUGAGGAUGCUGGCCCUUAUCCUUUUGCUCCCGGUAUCUACAACGACAAACAAAUCGAGGCAUGGAAAGAGAUAACCAAGGCUGUGCAUAACAAGGGCGGAAUUAUAUUUCUCCAGCUGUGGCAUGUUGGCCGUGGAUCUGCGUCUGCUUCGUCUCCUGGAAAUAAGAUCCCUGUUUCUGCAUCGGCUAUUGCGAUCAAAGGCAAAAACAUUUUCGGACAAGAUUAUGAAGUACCUCGUGCCCUUGAAAUUGAAGAAAUCUCUCAAUUUGUACAGAUAUACACCGAUACUGCCAGAAAUGCAAUCAGCGCUGGUUUUGAUGGUGUUGAGCUCCACGGUGCAAACGGCCAUCUAAUUGAUCAAUUUAUCAAUACCUCAUCAAAUGUACGCACAGAUAAGUACGGUGGAUCCAUCGAGAACCGCACUCGCUUUGCCCUAGAAAUCAUAGAAAGUGUUUCAAAAGCAAUUGGAGAAGAGCGCACUGCAAUUCGGCUGUCACCUUGGUCUGGAUUCCAGGACGCAGAAGACGAUACACCAUAUGAGACCUGGGGGUAUCUUGUAAACCAAUUGCAAGAAAGACAUCCUAAACUGGCUUACCUGCACUUUAUUGAGCCUCGCGAUGACCUGGUUAACAGUGUCUAUCCUGAAGCUGAUAGAACAGAGGUAGUAGAGAAUGAUAGUAUUGAGCCAUUCCGCAAGGCAUGGAAGGGUCCAUUUAUUACUGCUGGUGGAUAUACCACUACUCCUAAGCGUGCAUUUGAAACUACCGAAAAGCUGGAAAACACCUUGGUUGCCUUUGGCCGCUCUUUCAUCGCAAACCCUGAUCUUCCUCUUCGUCUUAAGAACGACUGGCCUCUCAAUAAGUAUGACCGUUCUACAUUUUAUACCAGUGGUAGUGUUGGAUACACUGAUUACCCUUACUACAACCCUGGUACAGCUCGUGAUAUUAAGAACUGA